AUGGCGAAAGAGAAUCCAACCAUAACACUGAAGCCAGUAGCAUGGGUUCUCCCCUACAGAACCGAAAGGAUAACAGAAAUAUACCGAAUGGGUAGAAAGCUCGGUCAAGGUCAAUUCGGCACAACCUAUCUCUGCACACACAAAUCAUCAAACAGAAGGUACGCGUGCAAGUCAAUCCCAAAACGGAAGCUGUUUUGCAAAGAGGAUUACGAGGAUGUUUGGCGAGAGAUUCAGAUAAUGCAUCAUUUAUCUGAGCAUUCGCAUGUGGUUAGAAUCGAAGGGACUUAUGAGGAUUCUAGUGCUGUUCAUAUUGUUAUGGAGCUUUGUGAAGGAGGUGAACUUUUUGAUAGGAUUGUUCAGAAGGGUCAUUAUAGUGAGAGACAAGCUGCGACUUUGAUUAAGACUAUUGUUGAGGUUGUUGAGGCUUGUCACUCGCUUGGUGUUAUGCAUAGGGAUCUUAAACCGGAGAAUUUUUUGUUUGAUACUGUUGAGGAGGAUGCUAAGCUUAAAGCUACUGAUUUUGGUUUGUCUGUUUUUUAUAAACCUGGUGAAUCUUUUUCUGAUGUUGUUGGAAGCCCAUACUAUGUUGCACCGGAGGUCUUGCGCAAACUAUAUGGUCCUGAAUCAGAUGUUUGGAGUGCCGGGGUUAUUUUGUACAUCUUAUUAAGUGGGGUGCCACCAUUUUGGGCAGAAACUGAACCGGGGAUCUUCCGACAGAUUUUACUAGGAAAACUUGAUUUUCAGUCUGAGCCUUGGCCUAGCAUUUCGGACAGCGCAAAGGAUCUAAUUCGGAAAAUGCUUGAUCAAAAUCCAAGAACAAGGCUUACAGCACAUGAAGUACUCCGUCACCCAUGGAUUGUUGAUGACAACAUUGCUCCUGAUAAACCUAUUGACUCUGCAGUUUUAUCACGUCUGAAGCAAUUCUCAGCUAUGAAUAAACUGAAAAAGAUGGCUUUGCGUGUUAUCGCGGAGCGGCUAUCCGAGGAAGAAAUUGGUGGCCUGAAAGAGUUAUUCAAGAUGAUUGACACAGACAGCAGUGGCACCAUAACAUUUGAUGAGUUAAAAGAUGGCUUAAAACGAGUAGGAUCAGAACUUAUGGAGUCUGAAAUCCAGGAUCUUAUGGAUGCUGCGGAUAUUGAUAACAGCGGGACAAUUGACUAUGGUGAAUUCAUUGCUGCAACUGUUCAUUUAAAUAAGCUGGAGAGAGAGGAAAACUUGUUGUCAGCCUUCUCCUAUUUUGACAAAGAUGCUAGUGGUUACAUAACCAUUGAUGAGAUUUCACAAGCUUGUAAGGACUUUGGUUUAGAUGAUAUCCAUAUUGAUGAAAUGAUCAAGGAAAUUGAUCAAGAUAAUGAUGGACAAAUAGACUAUGGAGAAUUUGCUGCCAUGAUGAGAAAGGGUAAUGGAGGGAUAGGAAGGAGAACAAUGAGAAACACACUUAAUUUAAGAGAUGCUUUGGGAUUUGUAGGCAAUGGAUCCAAUCAAGUUAUUGAUGGUUAUCUUUAG